AUGGUGCGACGUCGGUUCGGGAAUCGAGAGCUAAAGUGGGCGGAGUUUCAGGCGACUUUCAACAGGCACUUUAUUCUUGAUUGGGUAUGUGAACAGAAGAUGUAUGAUUUCAUUGAGUUAGAGCAGGAGGUAAAGAAGGCGGCAAAGUUCCAGAGAAGUCUUCGAGCUGAGAUUCAUCACGCCUUGGCGGGAGCGAGGAUUUUGGACUUCUCCACUAUUGUACAGCGAGAUUAUGUGAUAGGAAGGGACUUAAAUGAAGCUAAGGGAAGACAAGAAGCACAGAAGGGAGUAGGGUCAUCACAGGGGCCCAGCAGGAACAAGAAGAGAAGGUGGGAUGCACAGUCAGUAAAGGGUGUGAUAGGACCACCGUCAUGUAGUAUUUAUGGGAAGAGGCAUGGAGGAGUUUACCAAUUUGGGGGUGGUGUAUGCUAUGUGUGUGGACAGCAAGGACAUCAGCGUAAGGAUUGCCCACAGCACCAAGGGUCAGUGAAUGUGUCCAGGGAUGCAAAUGUGACUUGUUUUCGAUGCGGCCAGAAAGGGUAUCGUGCAGAUAACUGCCCAUGA